AUGAAACAAUUUGAAGAAAGUGUACAAUACAACGAAGGGCGCUAUUCUGUAAAGUGGCCCUGCAAAUCAGAAUCGAAUGCGUUAACGGACAACUAUGUUCUGAGUCUUGGAAAGCUGAAACCAACCGCUCGACGGCUGAAACUGGAUCCUGAACUCUUCAAAACAUACGAUGAAACGUUCAAGGAGCAACUUGAGAAGGGAAUCAUCGAAACCUGCGAUGGAAAAGUAGAUGGACCAGUUUAUUACAUGCCAGUUAUCACAGUAAUCAUUCCCUAA